AGCUGCUUUUCAAGGCAGUUACAAGCACUAUUUAUUUCCCGUUUGCUUUCCCAUCGUCACAGAUGAGAUUCGCGUCGGAGUUUUGCGCAAACUUUUCCACCCAUCGGAUAUGAUUUCUGGUGUGGAGGACUGUUCCAGCAACUAUGCCAGAGGAAACAUCACAAUUGGAAAGAUUAUGAUCGGGCAGGUGAGGACAUAA